UUUGGCAUGAGCAGUGCUACUCGCCGCGGAUUCCCACUGCUGUCGGUGUGGGUGCAGCGUGGCGAGCGUGUGGUCGACGCUGCAGCAGCCGCGUUGUCGAAAGCGUACAGUCCGCUCGUGGUCCUCCCCGCGACCAACCAUCAGGCUGCUCCUACGACUCAUAAAGCACCAGCAGCAGAUGCAACAGCAGUAGCAGCAACAGGGCAAAUCGCCCAGUCGGACGAUGCUCCGCUUGCUGCUGCUCUGGGCCUGGGCUUCUCGCUCGCUGCUCAUCAUCAUCCAGCUGCUCUUGGCAGUGAUUCUGCCGAGCAUCAUCAUUCUAAGCAUCGUCAGAACAAGGAUCAGGAUCCGUUGCAUGCUCAACUCACAAAGCUCCAUGCGUUCUGCUUGCCCCUGGCAGAGAUUGACCAUCAGCCAAGGCACGCCGAGCAAUCGUCUGCUGCAUUAUCAUCAUCCGAUGGGAACGAAAAGGCGGCUAAGGCGGCCAUGGCGAGCCGCUCGACCCAAACACGGAUCAAUCCAAUCUCGCGUGUCAAACUCUUGCUGCAACAGCUCAAGUUGCCAACUUCACCGGAGACUGCGGCGGUCGCGGGAGAGCUGCCAACCAUCGGCAUGUCGGAGCGCGUCGGAAAAGACACGUUCGUCAUGCUAUGCGCCCCCCGAAGCAUGUUUCGGAUAUUCGCCAGCAAAGACCGAUCGCGUGCGUCGUACCACCUCGCCUCGUUGUUUCCAGCAGGGCAAGGAUUGUCCUUUGCCACUUGGCUGAAAGAGGCAUACCGAGCAACGAGCUUUACCUUAACGCAACCAGCACUCUCGGACAGCGACGCUGCUCCGAUUGAAUACGGAGCCGAGCCGCGCCAACCGCCCACGUUUGGUCCGUUCUGCAUGUACUGGAAGGACAAGGAGCUGCCAGCAAGCCGCUUGCUUCUCGGUACCAGCACAUCGUUUAUGGCCCAAGUCUUGCGACAAAGCAAACCAACAGCUGGCACAGCAGCUUACAGCGACCUGACCGAUGCGCUUGCGCUAUCGACGUCGUUCUGGAAGUCGGCACAGGUAUCUGUUGCUCCCUCAUCUCGCCCUGCCAUUUAUCACGUCGACAUUCCGAAUGCCCUCGGAAGGCCUCUCGGCAGUGUGUCACUGGAACCACCACCACCACCACCACCACUACCGCAAUCGCACCAACAAAAUCCGCAACCACAAAAUCAACAGAGCGACUCUCUCAAUCCACCACCUGCUGCCUCCGGUAGCGGUACAGCUGCACCACCACCACCAAGUGCUUUCGCGUCCAGUUAUUUCGAACGAUCUGUGUCUGGUUGGGUUUUGAGCGCUCAGCGAGCAUCCGAUCGCACCAGAUUGCUGAACGACCUCUCCACACGCAAGCUCACCACUCACUUUUCCACGGCCGUGCAGAGUAGCUCGGCACUUUCCAUGCUGCUGCGCACCCAGCUCCCUGCUCGUGUCGCUCAAUUUUACGAACGAACGGAGGCAUCAAUCACCAUUCCCUCCGUGUUUCUCGAGGCGCUCUCGCCAAUAUGCAGCCACAUGGCUCGCAUCGAGCUGCAAGUGCGCGCCAUCCAGCUGGAAUGGGUGGAACUUCGUUUCUCGUCAAGCGUCGUCGCGCCGCGUACCAACCAAAUGUUGCCGUCGCCUGGGUUGAAUCCGCAGGUGCGCACCUCCAUCUUUCUCACCUCUGACGAGCUCUUCGGCACGACAUCAAACCCCGUGUGGAAGGUGUUUGUCUCUACUCCCACCACGAGCUCGCUCCUGGCGCGAUCCCACUUGUGCGCGCUCGGCAUUCCCGCGGUUGGCGAUAACGACCUCGAGCAGUGGAUGCACCUCACCUAUUCUUCGCACAACGCCCAGGCUCGAAACGCAUUGACCCGAAGCGCAUCGGGGAUCUCCCUACCAAGCUUCCGAAUUGAGGACCCGGGGUACUUUCAGUGCGUUGGCUACACUGUCGGCUCUGAACUUCUCCUCCCGCAAGACCCCUCCAUCACAGCAAAGCCCCCAUUGGAAUUUGCAACGCGUGAUGUUCUCUAACGGCAGCGAGUGCAUGAUGCUCCUUCAAUGUUUUCUCUUGGGGUUUUGGC